UUUCAUCCACGUGUUCAACGUCAGCAGAAGCAAACAAACAAACGCACAGAAAAGCAGAACGUGUCUGAACUCAGAUUCUAUCACUUGACUGUUUUAAAAAGGGCUUUACUUUUGUGAAAGCCGCUUGUACUUCGUUGAACAGCUACGAGCCCACCGGAAAAUAUUCUUGGUUUCUCAACUUUGUUGUUUAAGGAUAGUGCAUAGGUGCCAUCCCAACCUGUAAUUGCAUACUCAUUUGCAACCAUUGCAAUAUUCUGGACGUCCCCCUGCUCAGCACCUUUUCGAACCACGAAUUGCCAAGCCUGGGCAAGCCCUUCCCUCGGGAAUACCUUCGGGUACUUUCGGGCUUGCGGCGGUUGUCAUGGAUUAAUCUCGGCCGUCUUUCUAGUCGCAUCAAAGAACACUUUCACGCGUCUCAAAUUUAGAUCGAAAAGACCCCAUGGCAGAGAGUUCGGUCCUGGAGGCGUGGAAGACCACGAUUCCUUGUCGGUACUAUGCUAAUGGUAUGUGCAGAGAGGGGGAUAGAUGUCAAUAUCUCCAUGUUGAGGGCACAUCACACAUGUCCUCUGAAGGAGAGCAGACUAAGAAUACAAGAAGCGAAUUGUGUGCUGAAGGCAAUCCAACAAGGACUGAAAGUACAUCAGAUGAUGACUCAGACAGUAGUAAUGCUGAAACUGACCCACAUGUCAGUGGGAACAAAAGUAAUAUUAGCAAACCUUCCUCUCUAAGUGGUGAUACAAGUUCUACAAAUAUUAGCACCUUAAGGAGUGCACAAGUCAAUCAGGAACCAACUAUAUGUCAGUACUUUCAGCAAGGGUGUUGUAGGUUUGGUGAUAAUUGCCGGAACAAGCAUGAAGUUAUAGAAAAUAAUAGUAAUUCUCCAAGUCUGAGCAGAUCUGAUAAUCUGCCUGAAAAUAGUCUGAUUAACACAUUUGAUGAAGCAUCUACAUCUGUUUCUGAUGCAAAUUCAUUGCUUGCCUUGUCUAGCCUCCAAACAACUUCUAACAGCAGUGACUCAUCAGAGACAUCUGAAGAAAAAUGCAUGGAUACAAUUAAAGGAAUCGAGUCAAAAACAAAGUUAAGAGUGACUGCUCCAGAAUUCAUCCCGGGUAGAUUUUCCUCCCCUUCUUCCUCUGAACUACCUAAUGAAGAAGUUAAUGAUACAAAAGAAGCAUCAUCUGCUAAAACAUGGGCACAAAUAGUAAAUGCCUCUGCAGGAAAUAGUCUACCUCCAUCACAGUUCACAAGUUUAUGUCCUUAUGCUGAAGCAGGGGAUUGCCCAUAUGCAGAGGCUUGUACAUACCUGCAUGGUGACACUUGUGAGUUUUGUGGCAACAAGUGUUUGCAUCCUACCAACGAAAAACAGCGAAAAGCCCAUACUGAUGAUUGCAUUAAACAACAUGAACGUGAAAUGGAACUGGCUUUUGCUGUUGCUCGUUCUAAGGAUAAGCAAUGUGGUGUGUGUUUUGAGGUGGUUGUGGAUAAAAAUCCUGCAAGUGAACAGAGAUUUGGUAUCUUGCCCAACUGCAAUCAUUGUUUUUGUCUUGCGUGCAUACGAAAGUGGCGCCAGGCAAAGCAAUUUGAAAAUAAAAUUAUCAGAGCUUGUCCUGAAUGCAGAGUUACGUCUGACUUUGUGUGUCCUAGUAUGUAUUGGGUAGAUACAAAAGAAGAGAAGGACAAGCUUAUCAUGGCAUAUAAAGAUGCUCUAAGCAACAAGCAGUGCAAAUAUUUCAAACAAGGACGAGGUAAAUGUCCUUUUGGGAACAAAUGCUUUUACCUUCAUGCCCUUACUGAUGGAACUAAAGUUGAUACUGGGCCACCAAUAAGACGUCACAGACAAAAUGCCGAUGGGGACACAGACGUCCUACAGAUGUUUUUGUGGGAUUUCCUUGAUGAAAGGGAUAACCGCUGGCUUCAUAGUUUGGAUGACCUAGAUCUGUUGGCCUUCUUGUCAGGAUCUGAUGAUUCAGAUUCUUCAGAUGUCGACAUAUUUUGAUAAGACAAUUGAAUUAUUAAGUACAUUUUACUGGUCGUCAAUUGAUUAUUUAUCAGAAAUAGUCGGUCAAUUUUAAUAUCUGCCAAAAAGAAGAAAAAAGAAAGAAAAAAAACUAUUGUACUGUGUUUGGAAAAUGCUGUGCUUCUUACUAAAUUCUAUCAUUGAGGGUCAUAUCAAUAUCUUAGCUUUUAAAUCUUUAUGAUGCGUAGCUUUUAGGAAUGAAAGUUCACUGCAUGCAAAUAAAUUUAUCUUGUCUUUGAUCUGUACUUUGGUUGCAUCAUCGGACACAGGGUUUCUCUAAAAGGUCUCUUGCAACCUAUGUUUUGUUGUCGUGAUUGAUGAGAUCUGAUGUUUUUUUCACUUAAGUGUGACACAUUGCUUUUAAUUAUUCAAUUGUGUCUUUUAAUCUUAUUCAUAUAUGUAAAGCGAUCAAGAAUAGCCAUGAUGCUGUUAUAGUCAGUUUGGAUGUGAAAGUAAUUGGUAUUCUUUAUUCACAAUUCAUAGUUAAACUUGGUUUUUUUUUUGGAGCCUGAGGCAGAUAUGACUGAGCCUUACUCAGCUUUUUGAUUACUGUGAUGUGAUCCAUAGGGAGAGCAAUAACUUUGUUUUGUCUAUGGGAAUCUGUGAUAGUCAAAUUGGUUCUCAUCCGCUCCAUCUGCUGUGUGUUUUGAACCUUAUAAUAAGUAGUUAUAAUAAGUAGAUAUUUAUUAUUACAUUUUGUAUUACAAUUGUUAGAGUAAAAUUUAAAAAAAUUGUGGUUGGGAUAGGGCGAAUGAGACACCAUUUCGUAUUUUUUUAGCUGUAAUAUUUGCUUUUGCUACCAAUGUUAGGUUGCUUUGAAGAGUAUUUAUAGAAUGAGAGGUGUUUUUAGUGGGGAAAGUCUAUUAGUCUAAAUAAUAAAGGGAUUGUAAACCUGUAGCCAGUUUAUGCAUCAGUUCUUGGAUAUAGUUACCCUAUGUUAAUACUGUAUGUAGGCUCAAAGAAUUUCAAUAAUAUUUUUUUUAAAGUAAAAAUAUGCAAUGCUUUUAAAUCUGUCUGGAAAAAAAUGUCUUUUGAAAAAGAAAUGAGGAUUCUAACAUCUUAUCGCAUGCUUCACCCUUUAAUAAAUAAAUCAAGGUGCAUGUAAGAAGUUUACAAUUUCCAUUACCUAAUAUGUCUACUCCAUGUCCAUGACUUUUCACUUUCCAAUGUUAAGUUGCAGAUAAGCACCUUUUGUUACCUUAACAUAUUGAAUCCCACAUUGGCACAUGGUGACUAUACCUUGCUAGGAGAGCACCAUGCGGAAUUUCUCUAGUACUCAGUGUCCAUCCCAGGCUUUCCCUUAUCUUUCAAUUUCCUACUUUUUUAAAAUUUGAUUUGACCAAGAGAAGUAUGUAGUAAGAUAAGCAUGAAUUUUGUGAUGGCUGAAUAUUUUGAAGUUGAAAGAAAUUUCAAUUUGAUACAAAGAACACUUACUGGAGAGAGGAGAGGGUGAAUAAAUUGAGAGCAUAGUACAGAGCUCGUUUUAUUUUAUCCAUUUGUUUGAUUUGUAGACAAUCACUAUUGCAACCAGAAGACUUGAUUAAAAUACAAAAUUUUGUUACCCCACAGA